UGUCCGAGAGCCGAAGAGAACGCGUGCGUAAAUAAAAUCAUUCAUCCAAUCCACUUACCGUUUGUGAGCCGAUGAGCGGUUAAGAACGGGCCACGAAAAAAAAACACAUUUAAAUUUGAAUAGUUUUGUUUAUUGAAUAAAUAGUGUAUUCAAACAAAGUGAAAUACGAAACGAAAUUUUGAAAAAUAUUUAAAAAGAAACCAAGUGUGAAUUAAUAUCACCAGUAUAAUUUAUGUUUUUAACAAUAAAAUAAAAUACUAAUACCACGACAAAAAAACUAAAAGCAACAACCCUAUAAUUAUUUGAUUGCACCAGUUGAUUAACCACACCAAAAAUUGGAUGCAUUUUUGAGCCAUAAGCCAAACAAAAUAUAACAGAAGCUGAUAAACAACCAACAACCACGUUGCCCAAAAACGGUGCCGACGAUCGAAAGCAGUGAGGAUGAGUUAUCUGAGUUCAAUAGAAAUCUCUCGUGUCGACAUGUCACCGGCAGAAGAAACGUCAUAUGUCUCAGGACCCAGCAAGAAGGCCUCCUACACAUUGGUGGCCCUAAAGUUCUUGGAAUUGUGUCUCAUCAUCUGUUGCAUAGGGUUGAUCGACGAGCCGGCCACUCAGUUCAACAUACGUACGUUCAUCACACCCCGAGUAAUGGCUUUAUGCUAUGUGACCUUUGGCAGCCUAUUAAUUUACUCGGCCAUUUAUUUAAUUAUGGCCCUAUUUGGUGAUGUGGCACCAUGGCGCACUUCGGUUUUAUGGUCUCUGGUCGCUUUCAUAUUGUUUAUUGCAACAACGUCGGUAUUGUUCCGGGAUUGGUCGUCCAUAAAGGAUCUAAACUAUUGGCAUCCAAAUAUGACACGAUUGGAUUUGGUUUUAUCAGCAGCAGCAGUUUCUUUAGUUACAACACUUAUAUAUCUAAUGGAUAUUCUAAUCACAAUUCGUUUUGGCAUGAUGGGUGAUUUAGAAUAAAAAUGUCUUGCUAUUUAUUAACAGCUCUAUCACACUAUAUGUUCUUGUCUUAUAACAUGCCACUUUUUAUGUAUCAUUGAUAUCUCAUUAUGUGUGUCAAAUUACAUACGAAUCGUAAUUUUUUCACAUUCGUAUCACACUAUGAAUGCAAAUUUAGCACAUUGGUGCAUAAUGUCCUUUUUAUCGGACGUUUUUAUUUCUUACGCUACUUGUUCAUUUAUAUGAAUAUUUUGAAAAACUAUUGAGAAGAGAAGUCAGAUCAUAUCACAAUUCACAGUUAUUCUGUAAUUUUGAUUAAGUUUCUAUUUCAGAGUUCGUGUUUACUAACAGAAAUGGAAAACAAUUGAAAAAACGUCUAAAAAAGCAAGCGUGGCAGGAAAAUAAAAACAAGGAAAACAAAAUUUAAAUUAAUAGUACGUUAGCAAGACCUAUAUGCGCUUUCAAAUAAUGAUGAAAAUAAAACAGAUUGAUCUAUAUUAGGCGCACUCCCUAAAUAUCGUCCUUGAUAAAGGACGCUCUCCAAAAAUUCAAUUUUCGCUUUUAUAUAAAGAAUAAAAUCGCUUAAAAAUGUUGAAAAAAGUUUGUUAGGGAGGGUUAACAAUUGCAAAAUUUGACACGUCAUAAGACAAGAACAUACAGUGUGACAGAGCCUUAUGUAAGGUAUGCGCAUGUGUUUUAAUAGUCCUUUACACAAUGUUACAGAGUCAUAUAAUAACACGAUGUUUUCUUCUUUUAUGACAAAUAAAAGCAUUGGAUCAAAUAUAUAAAAAUUUCAAAGCCCCAUUUUGCUGUCAUAAAAAAGCUUGAAAACAAUUUUCGUUCGAAAAGCUUCUGACCCAUGAGUCAAUAAUAACCAUGUCUCAUUUGAAGAACCACAAAAAUCAUUUAGCGAAAUCCACAAUCUAAAUGAAAAGAGGAUUUACCAAAAAUUACAUUGUUGUCAAUACACACAAUGAAAAAUAACAGAAAGUAAACUAAUUUUGAUAUGAUGGUAGUCAAAGAUCUGUAAUCUUAUUGCCGCCAUUUCUGGUCGGCUGAUAUCAGUUGUUUGCCAUCGAUCUCCUGUUAAUCGAUCUUCUUGCUCGAAGUCAUCAGCGUACUUUAUGAUCCAGCCGAAGAGGGCGUGAGGGUGCAAGCGAUUGAGUCAAAUUUUAAGUGUACUGUAACUGAGGGCCUUCAAUUUCCUGGUGGAUGAUUUUCCCGAGUAGAAAGUAGAAUUUUGCCAAAAUUAAUUUUUGUUAAUCGAAUAUCGCUGUACUAUAUACAUAACAUUGUGUAAAGACAUCUAAAAACAAAUUAUACCAAGUUGUCACGCAAUUUACUUGUACAACAGUCCGUCCAUUAAUUGUAAUAUGUACUAAUCUAAUAGCAGAGAGAACUUGUUCUCUUGAUGACGAUAAGUUAGCAAACCAGCACCCAUUUAUAACAGUCAAAGAGUCGGCCAAAAUAAAGGUUAUUGUUAUAACCGACUUUAAUCACCUUUUAAAUAACAUUGUUCUCUCUUGUGCUGUAAUAUUUACAGUCUCCAGUCUCCAAAAACAAAAUGUUCAUGUUUGCUAUAUUUACACUCGAAAUUUUUACCAUAUAUGCAUGUUCUUUGAAAAUAUAGGUAUAUAUGGAAUAUUUUUUUGUAUGCAAUAAUGCCACCCGCAUGUUGUGGUACAUAGUCGUAAGCUAUAUUUUUUGAAUAAUGUACAAAACCCCACACAUACAUACAUAUGUUUAUUAUUUAAUUUUACAAUUAAAAAUGCAACUAACAUAUAAGUAACAAUUUUUUUAAAAAUCUUGAAUAAAAUGCAAUUUUUAUAAUCCUCA